CCUCGGACGUAACGCGAGCCAAUGACCACGCACCGUGCACCGUGUGCGGACGUCACAUCACCAUCACCAGUCAUCCCGGUGGAGCCGCCGCUCCGCCUGCUUCAGUCUCCACAGCUCCUCUUGUCUGCCUGUCCGCCGAGCGUGAGCCGCUGCCUGAACACUUUACACGCCCGGGGAGACCCACGGAACUCGUCAGGGGAGCGGAGGACACGUCGUGGUGGACUGAAGAGACAUGGUUGCAGACGGAGAGGAGAGGACGCUCGGCUGUCUCUACCUCUAACCAGCGAUAAAUCUACUUUGAUGCGGCCGCUUAGCUAACAAGCUAACAGGGGAUGUUUUCACAAACUAGCCAGGUAGUUAGCCUGCUAGCUAGCUAGACCGGCUAUAGACAUUGGCUUCACAGAUUUAGCCUUUUACUUCAAAUGCUACUUUUAUCCCUCGAUACGUUCAGUGGAAUAAUUACGACAACGUUCCAGACGAUGUGUUGGAUGUUUGGGACUCCGGUGCCCUCUGUUUGCUGUUCCCAGCAGGACAAUAGUUAACAGUCCAGGCAACAAGUCUGCUGCUAAACACACUUAAGUUUGUGCUCGUUGUGUGUAGUGUUGAUAGUUUCCUUUGUAGCCUCGGUUAGCUUGUAGGUGUUCACUUUAGAUGCACAGGUUGAAGCGGGUCGGGUGUAUGGGAGAACCUGUUGUCAGUUGAUCGACACAACCACUGACGAGGAGACGAGGUGGAUGAACAUUAAACAUCGCCCACAUGCGUUGGAUCAGCUCCCGGACUUGUGAAAGGCAUCUGAAGCAGAAGGUGGGAGACGUGAGCGCACAGCCCUUGCAGCCCGGGGGAAGAUGGCGGAGCGUUCCCGCAGGAGGUGGUGAAAACAAAACUUGGGGACGACUUGGAUUUAUCGCCAGACAUCUUAUCUCAGAUCGUAGGACACAUGCAGGCCAAAAAACGGUAUUUAAUUCUGUUCUCCGCCGGUGCGUGUCUUAUCCUGUUGUUCUGUUUUGGAGGGAUACAAGUCCCGCUGUCCAGGCGUGAUGACCGCAGCCUCGCCGGUUAUCACCCCGGGGCUCGGUGGCGUCGCUUCCCGGGGUACCUGCAGCACUUCAGCUCCUGGGAGCAGGACUGGAGCGACGAUCGCAAUGAGCACAUAUCUCCCAGGCAGAAGAGGGACGCUAACUCCGGCGUUGACUCUGGAAAACGCUGCCGAAUGGAGUCCUGCUUUGAUUUCUCCCUGUGUGAGAGGAAUGGCUUCAAAGUUUAUGUGCACCCCCCGCAGAAAGGGGAAAAGAUGUCGGAGAGUUAUCAGAACAUUCUGUCCUCUAUUGAAGGGUCCAGGUUCUAUACACCUGACCCGGGAAAGGCAUGCCUGUUUGUCCUGAGUCUGGACACGCUGGACCGGGACCAGCUUUCACCCCAGUAUGUGCACAAUCUGAGAGUAAAAAUCCAGAGCCUUCCACUCUGGAAUGGAGGCAAGAAUCACAUCAUCUUCAAUUUAUACUCCGGCACCUGGCCAGACUACACGGAAGACCUUGGCUUUGACAUCGGCCAUGCCAUGUUGGCUAAGGCCAGCAUCAGUACAGAGAACUUUCGGCCUAACUUUGACGUUUCUAUCCCUCUUUUCUCCAAAGACCACCCCAGGACAGGAGGUCAAAGAGGCUACCUAAAGCAUAAUGCCAUUCCCCCCUAUCGGAAGUACAUGCUUGUUUUUAAGGGGAAGAGGUACCUAACUGGAAUAGGUUCAGACACUAGGAACGCUUUAUAUCAUGUUCACAACUCAGAGGAUGUGGUCCUCCUCACCACUUGUAAGCAUGGGAAGGACUGGCAGAAGCACAAGGAUGCACGCUGUGAUAAAGACAACACAGAAUAUGACAAGUACGACUACAGAGAGAUGCUGUACAACUCCACGUUCUGCUUGGUACCUCGAGGACGACGGCUGGGCUCCUUUCGCUUCUUAGAGGCUUUGCAGGCAGCGUGUGUGCCUGUGAUGCUGAGUAACGGCUGGGAACUUCCCUUUUCCGAGAUCAUCGACUGGAAUACAGCAGCUGUGAUGGGGGAUGAAAGGCUGCUAUUACAGAUCCCCUCAACAGUGCGCUCCAUCCACCAGGAUAAGAUCCUGUCCCUGAGACAGCAGACCCAGUUCCUAUGGGAGGCUUACUUCAACUCUGUGGAGAAGAUAGUACUGACCACACUGGAGAUCAUCCAGGACCGGGUCUUGCAGCAUACCUCUAGGAGCAACCUGAUGUGGAACAGCCUGCCUGGAGGCCUCUUCACCCUCCCGCAGUACUCUACACACCUGGGAGACUUCCCUUUCUAUUAUGCUAAGCUGGGUAUCAAGCCAAACCCCAAGUUUACAGCGAUCAUCCAUGUGGUGACCCCACUGGUCUCCCAGUCUCAGCCAGUCAUGAAGCUGCUUGUGGCCGUGAGCAAAUCCCAAUACUGUGCUCAGGUGAUAGUUUUGUGGAAUUGUGAUAAGCCUCUUCCUGCCAAGUACCGCUGGCCUGCCACCUCAGUCCCUGUCAUUGUCAUAGAGGGGGAAACCAAGGUGAUCAGCAGUCGUUUUCUGCCCUACGAUACCAUCCCCACUGAUGCCGUGCUCAGCCUGGAUGAGGACACGGUGCUCUCAACCACAGAGGUGGACUUUGCCUUCACAGUGUGGCAGAGUUUCCCAGAUCGCAUUGUAGGUUACCCAGCCCGCAGCCACUUCUGGGACAGCAACAAGGAGCGAUGGGGCUACACCUCCAAAUGGACCAAUGACUACUCCAUGGUGUUGACUGGAGCUGCCAUCUAUCACAAAUACUACCACCACUUGUACACCACUUACCUUCCAGUCAGUCUGAGGACCAUGGUUGACCAGAUGUCAAACUGCGAGGACAUUCUGAUGAAUUUUCUGGUGUCAUCGGUCUCUAAACUACCACCCAUCAAGGUCACUCAGAAGAAGCAGUACAAAGAGACCAUGAUGGGACAGAGCUCCCGGGCGUCUCGCUGGGCUGACCCGGACCACUUUGCCCAACGUCAGACCUGCAUGAACAAGUUUGCCAACUGGUUUGGCACCAUGCCCCUGGUCCAUUCUCAAAUGAGGCUGGACCCAGUCCUGUUCAAAGACCAGGUGUCCAUACUGCGGAAGAAGUACAGGGAUAUUGAGAGGCUAUAACGCUCCGGAGCCCCCCGCUCACCGGACACUAGAAAGAGAGAGCGAGGGGGUCGGACACAUGGAGAAAUGCAAAGCAGUUCCAUGAUUGCAUGGAACGAUCAAUGGAAAUGCAAAUGGGAUUGGGUAGAAGGGGGAGGAGGAAAAUAAACUCCAACAGAAGAGGAGAACAGCACAUCCUUUUUUCUCCUCUGUUGUGUCUUUAAUGGUUCCUCUGUGUAUUCUCCUCUCCGUCUUUUCUCUUGUGUGUGUUGGUGGACAGCUGAGCUCACAGGUCCCACGAUAUUCACUACGGCUGCCAACAGCUGAAGGACACCUGAGGACUUUUCAAGUGUUUGACUUACUAAAGUGGUCAAAUUCUUGGAGUUGUAAAUCACAACUUCCCGACGGUGGCAAACUGCUCCAAACUCCAUCCCACUGAACCAGACUGUCUGUUCUGCUCUGUACACUAUGCACAGGUCCCUGAACGUUUUUGAUGAAUAUUAUUGAUGAUAAUGACUAUGAAGAGGAUAACACUAUUUUGGAUUGUGUUUUACUAUUUUUUUUUAUACAGUGAAUGAAUGGCCAGCACUACUCUCUGUAUUGUCUUAAUAAAAACCAAUAGCAGGGCAGGAAAAAGGAGGAAUGAAAACCCACCAACCAUCAAUGAUCUGAUAUUCAUAGUGCCUCGAGUUUAUCUAAUGGUGUUGGAGUAUGUCUGAGAGAAGAGCAUGGUGCAGGACAAGCACCUUGACCUUGCUGCUUUCUGUUUUGUUUUUGAUUCCAUGGUUUGUGAUUUUCUUUACAAAUGAUGAAAUGAUGGAUCUCGUAGUAAAUUCUUUAGGUCAGCAUUCAUGUUUUCAUUUACUGAAGUGUGAUACAUUUUUAUUCAAUUGAACAAACUACAUUUUCAUUAUGUGCCAUUCUGAAAUCUAUUUUUCAUUCUUAAAGGCCGAAGCUUGAUCCUUGAAAAUGUGCUGACUGAAAAAGAUUGGAUGAUAUGCUUUACCUUGGUUAAAGGAGGCUGAGCUUACUAGUUGAUUCUUUGAAACAAAAACUACUCUAAAAUCCAGGGACUGGAUCAUUGGGACUUGUUCUGUAAGGGAUGUUUGUAUACCAUCAUUGUUCCUCUCUCAUAGACCCAAUUUCAAUAUGUCCAGUGACACAAAGUGUUUUCAUGUAGGAGCAUCAAACAGCAUUUGAGGUUUUAGACCAAGACUUGGCCUCAUACUAAGUAAACUACUCAUUUUACCCACUUGUUAUAAGCAAAUAUGCAGAUGGAGAAGAAUUCUCACCAAACAUUUGAGAUACUGUUAACACAGGUAUAGAGAAGAAAAAUGCACCUUUGGGGAGAUCAGCUUUAUUAAGUAAGUAUCAUUUGUGGUGUUUUCUGAACAUAAAUACAUGGAAUUAGAAGCCUUUCAGUAACUGUGUGCUAAUGUGCAUGGCCUCAUUCAGAAACCAAAAUGUAAAACUUGUAUGUUAAGAAGUAUGUCCCAUAAACAUUAAUAAUUCAUCACAUCUUUUUACAUGUUAGUCUUCUCACAUCUCAUUCGCUGCAAACCUCUUCAUUGACAGUCAAGUGUCAGUGGCACAUGGAAUUGUUUUUCUGCCGAUGGAUCAAUAGGCUAUUUGGAUUAAACAAAUUGUGUUUGGUUUUAUUAAUACUCAUGUUUUUUUUUUUUUGUCUUGGAUUCGUCAUAUCAGAUAUUCUGGAGAAUGUUAAUGUAUUUUGAUGAAGCCUAAAUGUGCACCUGUCUUUUUAAAUCAUUGUGCAUCAUCAAGUUAAAGUUCUUUUGUCUUUAAGGCGUAAAACCAGCAGCGUUUCUGUGUGAAAUCUAGAAAUCUAACCACACAUGCUCUGAAUCCUCCUUCAGCAGCCUCAGCUUUGAAACAAUCAUUUUGGUGAGCUCCACAAUCCUUCCCAGACCCCCAGUAUGUGCCAUUGGAUCAUUUGUGGUUAUGUUUGUAUAUAUUUUUUUCAUCUAAUAUGAGGAACGCCAUGCAUUCCCAUAUUUAUUUGAUUCAAUAAAGUAUUUUCUGUUUAA